AUGUGCGCGUGGCGUACCGCCUUUUCCACGCCACCACACUCGCAGCCGCAAUCCCUGCUAGGAGAGUACAGAGUAGCGGCCAUUCCAGGUCGCACCUCCGUUUCCCCCCAGGUCGCACCUCCCUUUUCCCCCAGGUCGCACCUCCGUUUCCCCCCAGGUCGCACCUCCCUUUUCCCUCAGGUCGCACCUCCGUUCCCCCCCAGGUCGCACCUCCCUUUUCCCCCAGGUCGCACCUCCUCCUCCCCCCAGGUCGCACCUCCCUUUUCCCCAGGUCGCACCUCCGUUUCCCCCCAGGUCGCACCUCCCUUUUCCCCCAGGUCGCACCUCCUCCUCCAAUCUCCUCCCGUCCCUCACCCCCAUCUUCCCAUCCCCCCCAAACAAUCUCUCAGCUCAUUCUAUCUCCUCCCUUCGUUCUCUCCCUUCUUUCCCUCAUGUCUCCCCCGCCUUCCCCCCAUUUCCCCCCUCCAUGCCCUCAUUCCCAUCCCUCCUUCCCCUCAUUUCAAUUUUAUCUUCCCCAUUUCCCCACUACUUUCUCUUGGUUUCCCCCCUCCCCCUUUUUCCCACCCGCGCCUGCAACCUCGUGACCGCUACGGAACCGCCAGCUGCACGUUUGACGAGGUGCGCGAAAUGCGCCCAUUCACGUGCCAGCGCCUUUCCUCAUCCCUCCGAACCUCUUCCUCUCCGCCCUCCAGUAGUGGCUGCAGCAGGGCAGUGGGCCGCCAUGGAGGGGAGGACAUGGGCUAA